UAUCCGCAAUUCGUCCCAGAGCAAGUCAGUGAGAUCCAGGAGGAGGCAGCCUUGAGCAUGAUCGGCUCGAUAGAGAGAUGCCGGCUGGACGUUCCGUCCCUGGGACCUGUAGACACAGCUUUUGUUGAGGAAGGUUCAGGUGACUUCCUCUUUUAUACACCAAUUGUUCUCCUCCACGGCUUUGAUAGCAGCCUGCUGGAGUUCCGGCGACUAGUGCCUCUGCUGAGGGAAGCCGGAGCCAGUGCUUAUGCUGUGGACCUUGUGGGCUGGGGGUUCUCAUGCGGCAAAUUCCACGAGAACCCAAACCUCCCUCUCGGUCCGCAGCAGAAAACAGACCAUUUGUAUGCGUUCUGGCAGACAAAGGUGAAGCGGCCGAUGGUUUUAUGCGGGGUGAGUUUGGGAGCGGCCAUUGCAGUGGAGUUUGCGCUGCAGCAUCCAGAGGCAGUCGCCGGUCUUGUGCUGUCAUCUCCACAAGUCUAUGUGGAUGGGAUUGGACCCAUGUCAUCCAUGCCGCGUGUGCUGUCAUACCUCGGUGUUCAGGUUCUUAAGAGUGUUCCACUCCGAAAUAUGGCAAAUCAGAUGGCAUACUUUGACAAGGAGAGGCUAGCAACUGAGGAUGCUCUGCGCAUCGGCCGGCUGCACACUUUCCUGCCAGGUUGGACCAACAGCAACAUUGCCUUCAUGAAGAGCGGGGGCUAUGCUGUGAGCAAAAGAAUACCUGAACUCAAACAGGAAGUUCUUGUUCUGUGGGGUCGCAACGAUGAAAUUGUGGAUUGCAAAAACGCAGACAAGAUUGCUGAAGACCUGCCUCACUCCAGGUUGACUAUACUUGAGAAUUGUGGACACUGUAUACACUUGGAGAAAUCUGAUGAAAUGGCAAGGUGUCUCACGGAGUUUGUGUCACAAGUAAGUUCAGUGCCAGCUUUGUGA